AUGUCACGCAAAAUAUGACUUGUCACUUUUGCUUUUGAAAAUCCUGCAAGGUAUCGUGCAGUAGGUAGUUGAUUUUCGCAAAUUAUACGUUGUACAGUGACUACCGUACACUCGCAGUCUAAUUCAUCCAUUGUCUUUUGUGCCUGUAUCUGUCAGAAAACACCAUGCCCCAAUACAAAGUUAAAGUGAAAUGGGGCAAGGAGUCCUAUCAGGUGGACGUCAACACUGACGAGCGUCCAGAAUUGUUCAAAGGGCAAAUUUUUACCCUAACCGGGGUAUUGCCAGAGAGGCAGAAGGUAAUGAUUAAGGGCAUCACUUUGAAGGAUGAUGAGUGGGGCAACUUUAAGCUAAAAGAUAAUGUUACUGUUCUACUGAUGGGCAGCAAAGAGGAAGACGUGCCCAAAGAACCAGUUGAGAAGACCGUUUUUGUGGAAGACAUGAACGAAAGUGAACUAGCAACUGUUCUCGAUUUGCCUGCGGGCCUUAAUAAUUUAGGUAAUACCUGCUACAUGAACGCCACAGUUCAGUGUCUAAAGACUGUCCCGGAGCUGAGAGAAGCCUUGCAAACUUAUCAAGAAGUUGUUACUGUGCCUGGAGGACUGAUGCCUGCCCAAUCUAUCACUGCAGCGCUUAAAGAUUUAUAUACGAUGAUGGACAAGGGUCGUACGGUGCCUCCCAUAGUGCUACUCCAAGUGCUUCAUAUGGCUUUUCCCAGAUUUUCCGAGAAAAAUGACCAGGGACUGUUUGCCCAGCAGGAUGCAAAUGAGUUCUGGACAGAACUGGUGAGAAUGUUGCAACAGAAAUUACCAUUAAAAUCAAUUGAAACUUCGUCUAGUCAACAAAACUUUAAGUCCUUGAUUGAUCAAUACUUUGGCGGGGCAUUCGAUGUGGAACUGAAAUGCGAUGAAGCCCCUGAUGAACCAGUGACCAAAAGCAAAGAGCAAUUCUUGCAAUUGAGCUGUUUCAUGUCGAUGGAAGUGCGGUAUAUGCAUUCCGGAUUAAAGAGUAAAAUGCAAGAGCAGAUUACAAAGAAAUCUCUUUCACUGGACAGGGAUGCGGUUUACACAAAAACAUCUAAAAUCAGCCGACUUCCUGCCUAUUUAACCAUACAAUUUGUAAGAUUCUUUUACAAAGAGAAAGGUGCAAUCAAUGCGAAGGUUCUAAGAGACGUAAAGUUUCCAAUAGAGUAUGACGCUUAUGAAUUAUGCACCCCUGAACUGCAGGAAAAGUUAACGCCUGUCAGGAGUAAAUUUAAGGAGUUGGAGGAUGCCUUAGUCGAAAACCCAGCGGCCAAAGAAAAAAAGAGCAAAGGCGAUGGCAAGACAAGCGAGGAAACGCGGUAUGCUCCCUACUGGUUUGAAGAUGAUGUAGGCAGCAAUAAUAGUGGAUAUUACACUUUACAAGCGGUGCUCACGCAUAAAGGGCGCUCUUCCUCAAGUGGUCAUUACGUAGGAUGGAUUCGAAUAGCCGGAAAUAAAUGGGUUAAGUGUGACGAUGAUACCGUUACACCUGUAACAGAAGAGGAAAUUCUUAAACUGUCCGGUGGAGGAGAUUGGCAUUGUGCGUAUGUUCUUCUCUACGGACCGCGUCUGCUCGAGAUCCAAGAUGUAACUGAAAAAAUGCAAACUGAUUGAAUUUUGUACUUGUCUUCAACUAGGCUUUUGUUAAGAUAAACUUUAAUAUAUUAAAAUCAACAAAAA